AUGCGCAUUCCCUCCUUUGGCGGUUGGUCUUUUUCAACCAGUCUGGACUCCUACUCGAUAUUCCGAGAAGGUGUUACCGACGCCAACAGGCUCGCCUUCACCCAGUACGUUGUCGCGUUCGUGGAUCGGUAUAACUUGGAUGGUGUCGACUUCGACUGGGAGUAUCCAGGUGCCCCUGAUAUUCCCGGAAUCCCUGCUGGUAGCGAGACAGAUGGUCCGAAUUAUUUUAGUUUCUUCAAGACCCUUCGCUCACUGCUGCCCUCCAACAAGUCCAUUUCCAUGGCCGCUCCCGCAUCAUACUGGUAUCUGAAGGGCUUCCCCAUUGCGGAAAUGGCCGAUGUCCUGAAUUAUAUCGUGUUCAUGGCCUAUGAUUUUCACGGCCAGUGGGAUUGGGACAACAGCUUUGUCGGCCCUGGGUGUGAGAAUGGCAAUUGCCUUCGCUCCCACGUCAACCUGACGGAAACCGAGUACGCACUGGCUAUGAUCACAAAGGCCGGGGUGCCAGCGAACAAGGUUGUGGCGGGCAUCGCCAGCUACGGUCGUAGUUUCGGCAUGGAGGAUCCCAGCUGUACGGGCCCUAACUGUCUUUUCACUGGACCUAACUCCACUGCGACCCCGGGUGAUUGCACAGAUACAGCGGGCUACAUUUCCCAGGCCGAACUGUCCCAGUAUUCCAGUGGCUCUAGCUUGAACCGCCGCGACGCCACGCUCUGGUACGACAACGAGAGUGACUCCGAUAUGAUGACCUACGAAGACGGGACCUGGGUGGCCUACAUGCCCCAGAAUACCAAGGCCUCUCGGAUCAACCGGUAUGCUAGCUACGGUCUUGCAGGUGUUGUGGAAUGGGCACUAGACCUGACGCAGUUUAUUUUAAGUGCGACUGAUGAGGCAGCCACCAUGGAUAUCAACGAAGCCGAAGGAACCUUUGCCGACGCCCUCGCGCUGAGCGACUAUGAUACUUCUGACGAGAAGGUUGCAAUCACGUCUGGGUGGCAGCAGUCGUGGAAGAUCAUGAAUCAUAUUUACACCGUGGUCAAAAACGGCAUUGAUUUCAACGAGGCCGCUGCCGUUGAAUUCCUGGGCUCGCCCGCGUUCAAUCAAGACGAGCAGAGCGACUUCAAUGCUGUCUUUAAGCAACUGUCCACGAUUCAGCCGGGCUGGGGGGGUUGGUUCGCGUGGCAGUUGGCCGUCCGCUGUGACGACUUCAAGUACAUGUGCCCUUGCAACAUCGACACGGGCGUCAUUGCCUAUACAGUGCAGAACGACCCCAAGUACCAAAACCAUCAACCAGUUUCUGCCCGAGACAAUUACUACCCGAACCAGGGCGUGACUUGGUUCCACGAGCUGCUGCACGUUGACUGGGAAUCGCUGAAUGGUGUCCCGCACAUUUCAGAUAUCAAGAUUGGAUUUGAAAUCAAGGGGGUAAUGAAGUGGUUCGAAGCCUACUGUCCAAAGCUGACGAAAGGCCUGGCACGGGUCGGCGGUGCCACGGGCUUCUGGACGCUCCAGAAUGCCGACAGUCUCUCCUUUGCGCGCUGGCCAAAUACAUCCAGAAACGCCUGGGCAACAUCUAUCCCCAUCUCCCGCUGGCGCCUGCGGCGCCUAGUGGCGUAG